UCAAUUCUGCCACCUAUAAUGUCACCUGCCCAGUUUUAUCCCGAGAUGUGGGUGCCGCCUCCAUCAUCUCCUCUCUUCCCAACGACCCAUAACACUCCUAACAUGCCCCAUAACCCACCUGCACCCACCUCCGACACCCAGACGAUAGACAAUCAAGCUGCUGGUUGCUCCUUGUCACAGCAAAUUCCAUCGACUGUUCCUGUGUCUGACCAAACAUUUAUACGACCAUAUCUUGACUCAGGAUUCGAGCCUUCUGACGUUCACAGGGUGAUGACUACGAUUAUUAAGAGCAAGUUUGAUUAUUACGCGAACACAUGGAAGGAAGUUCCUGAUGAGAUGAAGGGCAUUUAUUUUCAAGAGUUCAAGAAGAGAUAUAGGUGGGACCCUGCCGAUGAUCAUGGAGUAAUGAAAGCAUGGAAUAAAAAGAAUGGAGGAUUAAUGCGGGGAAUGAUGGAGAAGGUUCGACAAAAGAAAGAUAAAGGUGAAUAGAUUAAAAAGGAAGUUAGAGAUGAGCUUGAAAAGCUUUGUGCGCAACCAGCUUAUAUGGCAAAAAGGGAUAAGGCAAAGAAAAAUCGAGCGUCUGAAAUUGGAGGGUGCACUAAUACUGGUGGCUCUAUUCGCCAUUGUAACUAUAUUAAG